UCCACAAUUCGAGGUCUACGGUUGUGUGAGUUCUGACGAACGGGUGGCCUGCAACUAUCGGUAUAAAUUCGAUGCAAUCUGCACAACGAGUGCAUCAAUCGCGAAAGUGCAUCAAACGAAACCGUGCGCCAUCCAUCCAUCCAUCCAUCAGUUACACAAUGAAAUUGCUGUGGUUUGUCGUGUUUCUGCUGGCCCUGGUAUACGGAGCGUACGGCCAGGAAUGUCCGAAAGGCUUCAAACCGCAGCAGGGCCAAUGUGUAACGCAGCGUCCCGUCCACGGCGAUUGUCCCGCCAACUCCAAGUACGACCUCAACAAGAACCUCUGCGUUUACACCUAGAGUGGCCGCGUGUGUGUGUGUGUGGGAGAUUCCAUUGUCCAUAACCCCCGCCAAAGGAAGGUCGUGGACCGUGGACGAUGAUGGUGUGAUUGAAUAAAUUCACUCGAAACUCUCGAACCGAAACUCAAA